CGGUAAACAAAAUAAUGGCGAAGAUGACUGAAAUCAUUCUAAUAGUAUUGAGAUUAAUUUGAGCGCUGAUAUUCUUAAGGACGAAUCCUCGUCUCCUCUCCACGCCUUCUCUCCUCCCCUUCGUCUCUCUCUUCAUCCUCGCCAGCCUUCAUCCUCCACCUGAAGCUGAUGUGGACACAAACACUAUUCUUCCUUUGAUGUUAGAGGGAGAGAGUCCUCUGCUUUUGCUCGCAUCUAACGCGGUUGGAGAACGACUCUUCGUUUUUCGGCCAGGCCGCUUUAGGGCACGGCAGGGCGGAGAAGGAGCGACGCGGGGUUCGGUGCCGGAGCGGGUCUGCGGAGCUCUGGCAGCGGCUGCUUAAUGAAGGAAAGAGCCGCGGGCUGAUUACAGCACCGAGACAAGCUGCAGGAGGAAAUCCGAGGAGCUGAUUCUUUCAGAGUGAGCUGCAAAGGAGCAUUCACCAUGUUUCUGUCCGUGUGUCUAAUAUGGACACAGCUGCUGCUCACAGAAUCAUCUUCCAAUGAGGCCUCACCUUUCCGCCACUUGGGUCGUUUCCCUCCAUCUCUGUAUGGUCAUCAGGAUGUGAACAAACUGCCAGAGUUCCAGCACCACCUCCAUCAUCAUCGUCACCAUCAGCACCCUGCCAGAUUAGCCAAAGACCUACCUGAUGGUCUGUUUCCUCAGGAGCCCGCCGGCCAGCAAAGCCUUAACCUGCUGGCACGACCACAUCAUGAGGUGCAGCCGGAGCAUGCCGCUAUAUCCGCACGACAUUUGGUUACUGUGUACCUGGCUGUGGAUGUGAGAAGGCUGAACGUCAGUCUUCUUCGGUGGUUUCGGGAGGGUGUAGCGGCAGCGCUGGGCGUUCCUGUGGGGCACGUCCACAUCAACCAGCUGAAUGAGAAGAAGAAUGGCAUCGAGCUGUUUGUGUCCUCCGAUAGGCUGGGGAUCUCCGAGCCCCGCCCCGCCGAGGAGGUCAUCCAAUCACUGAACGUCAGGGUGCUUCAUCGCCACCUGGGACACUUUGGCAUCACCGAGGUCUCCACUGAGAAAAACGUCCUUCAGGGCGAGCAGAGGGACCACGUGUGGAGCAGAGAAAGCUUUUAUGCUGUCGUCCUCUUCUUCACUGUAUUCGUCAUCGUCAUCACCUGCUUGAUGGUUUUGUACCGAAUGAAAGAGAAGGUGCAGGUUUCUGACAGACAGCUGAAAGCUCCACCCCCUGACCUCCAUCUAACCCCGACAGUACCUCCAGAACCCACCCAGAGGUCAAAGGGCACCAAGGUGAUCGUUUCAGGAAGCAUGGUCCAAGCUGAGCUCCUGCCUGCUGUAGCCACACCCAUUCCCCAGCGACAGCCAAUCACAGCCUGCCAUCACCUCGGUCCACCUGUCGUCCCCCUGCCAAGCCCCGCCCCCACACCUGUACCAAUUAUUGGUAGCAACAACCACACACCCCCACCCAGCGUGACCCCAGUUACAUCCAAUAACGAGCUGAAGCCCUGCCCCUCCCCCUUCAGGAUGAAACCAGCUGCAGGACUUCAAGAAAGACGUGGCUCUAAUGUCUCCCUGGUUUUGGACAUGUCUGCUCUCGGCACUGUGGAGCCCCUUAACGUCGCCGUGGUAACCCCCAGGGAGGCAGUGGCCAGGGAGUACCUGCUGUCGGCUGGCCGGCCGCUCACCCGACAGCAGCUGCGCGACAUCGUUAACAACACCCACAGGCUGCACGCAGAGUUCGCUGAAAUCCCAAUGAACUUCAUAGAUCCCAAGGAGCUGGAUAUUCCGAAUCAUGGGACCAAGAACAGAUAUAAGACCAUAUUGCCCAACCCUCAUUCCAGAGUGAUCCUAAAGUCAAAGAGCUCCAACGACCUGCUGAGCACCUACAUCAAUGCUAACUACAUACGGGGUUACUUGGGGGACGAUAAGGCGUACAUCGCCACUCAGGGUCCUAUGGUGAACACGGUGAAUGACUUCUGGCAAAUGGCCUGGCAAGAGGAGUCACCAGUUAUUGUCAUGAUAACCAAACUGAAGGAGAAGAACGAGAAGUGUGUUCUGUACUGGCCGGAGAAAAGAGGCAUCUAUGGGAAGGUUGAAGUGUUGGUGAACAGCAUCAGAGAGUGCGAACACUACACCACUCGCAGCCUCACGCUCAAGUGUGGGAACCAAACCCGCUCUGUGCAGCAUUACUGGUACACAUCGUGGCCUGACCACAAAACCCCGGUCUCAGCACUGCCGCUGCUGCAGCUCAUGACUGACGUAGAGACGGACAGACGGGCCGCCACCAACGUGGGACCAGUUAUAGUCCACUGCAGUGCUGGGAUUGGGCGAACGGGAUGCUUCAUCGCCACGACGAUGGGCUGCCGGCAGCUACAGCUGGAAGGAGUGGUGGAUGUACUGGGCAUCACCUGCCAGCUCCGAGCCGACAGAGGAGGCAUGAUCCAGACAGGUGAACAGUAUGAGUUUGUCCAUCAUGCCUUGAGCCUAUAUGAAGCCCGUCUAUGUGCAGAAACUGGCCAGUGAGGUUUAUCCACCUGACGAAGGUACAAGUUUAACCUGGAAGUGUGCUAAAACAGUCCUCUGCGGGUGUGAACUGUGGUUUGGGAAGUCUGGGAAAUUCUGGAGGAGGCCUUGGAAUUUGAUGGACAGCAUGGACAACCAAGCAGGACUGUUCUGGGAAGAAUCUGCUCAAGGAAAAGGAAAAGGCAAAUUAUUAAGAAUGGAAUGUAUCUUUUCAUCUUUUCUUUUUCAUCAAACUCUGUGGACCCGCCCAUUUCACUUAACCAACCGAUUGUUGGAUCGAGUUUUAACUAACCAGACUCUCCCAUAAUGUCUCUUUUGUCAUGGAGACUUAACAACUUCAAUUUACUGAAACUGAUGGUACAUUGUUCAAUAACACUGUUGUGUUUAUGUCUUCUAGCAUUUUCAUUAUUUUGUAAUGUGGUGUUUUUAUAAAAAUGGCUACUGAAAAAUGACUGUUAGCUGCACCAUUGGUUAAACUAUUCUAGUACUGUUGAACCAACACUUACCUGUUUGUGACCUCAGCAUGCUAUUCAUUACUCUCUGAUUUAGUCACAGUGCACUUCCUACACUUAGGCUAAGACAAGGUUCAAAUGCUCCUUUUUUUUUUUAACCUGUUAUUUAUUGGUGGGUUUUCUUUUUUCAUAUUUUUUCACAAUCUCAUUGACUUAUUAAACUAUUGCACAUCAAACUUCUCAGAGAUGCCAAACACACAAACUAGAUUGACAUCAAUAGGGCUAAUGCUAGGUUCAGAUACAUUAACAACUGACAUUGGUAGUUAUGUAAGCUUGUAAGCUAAUGGAUAAACAGCUAACAAAUAAAUUAUUUUAUCAACGGUUGCCCAUGGGGUAACAGCAACUUUUACAUUCUUGUUUCUGUAAGUUUCCCAGCUUUUGCUGAGGUCCCAAAUGGGGCUACCUUUAACAACAUGCUAAAAGCUAACAAAGCAGAUUGAUGCUAAUCUUCUGCUAAGCUAUAGUUCUUGUAGUACAGCAAAGCAAUUAGUGGCUAAUUAUAGCUCCAGUAGUUUUAUUGCUUUAAUGUUGAUAAAUAUAUACUAACCACUUAACUCAUGCUAUAACUAGUAGUGCAUUAUCCUAAUACAGUAUUUUUGUUAAACCAAUUAAAUCUAAUAUUCUUCUGCUAAGCGAAGCUUGUAUAGUGGUGUUAACAGUUGUUUAUGUAAUAUUCAUCAAGUACAGCUCCAGAGAGGUUCUGGCAGCAAUGCUAAGUCUGGGUAAUAUGGUAGCUGUAACUUACAAUGCAAAAGAAAUAAUUUUUUUUUCUUUAUCACCUUUAUGUUAACACUUAAAAAGACCAAUGAAUAAUACAUUAAAUAAAUAAAUAAACAAAUGAAAAUACAUAGGGAAAUGGAAAAUGGUGGCUUGCAAGGUAUCUCACAAGUAGUGUUUUUAAUUGUUAAAUUAAAAGUCAAAACUUUGAUUAGGGCUGUGCGAUAUGACCAAAAUCUCAUAUCCCGAUAUAAGACAUCUAUCGUCCCGAUAACGAUAUA